CCGGGAGCAAAACACUUCCUGUCACUGGUUUUAAUACAUGCUAUCAAAACACCGUGUUUGUGGCUAAACCUCAACUCACUAGGAGGCACAAUACACAUUUUGGAACGAAAGAGAGGAGCGCUUUCACGACGACACUAAUGAGGAAACUUUAAAAAAAAAAAAAAUAGAGAGCUAACCCGCCCCAGAUUAUGCGCUUGUCCGGCGUUCUUCUGGCAAAGCCUGUCUUGCAUGGAUACUUCAGAAGCUCCUGCUCAUGGCGGGUACGCAUUGCAUUCGCCCUGAAAGGUAUGGAAUAUGAUCAGGUGCCAGUCAAUCUCAUCAAAGAUGGCGGUCAGCAGCUCACAGAGGAGUACAAGACUUUAAACCCGAUGCAGCAAGUGCCUGCAGUUGAAAUUGACGGGAUCACCCUCUCUCAGUCGCUGGCGGUGAUCCAGUACAUUGAUGAGACCAGGCCCGAACCGCGUCUCCUUCCAUCAGACCCCAAAAAAAGGGCCCAGGUUCGGAUGAUAAGUGAUCUCAUUGCCACUGGGAUACAACCUCUGCAGAAUCUACACGUGAUCCAAAAGAUUGGAGCAGAGAAGGUGCAGUGGGCGCAAUACUUCAUUAAUCGAGGGUUUGAAGCUCUCGAGACUCUGCUGAAGCAAACCGCCGGGAAAUAUUGUGUAGGUGAUGAGAUAUCCAUGGCUGACAUCUGUCUGGUCCCACAAGUCUACAAUGCAGAGAGAUUUAAAGUGGACAUGAGCUUGUAUCCAACUAUCCAAAGACUGAAUCAAACCUUAGCGGAGAUUGACGCUUUCCAAGUGAGCCAUCCGUCUUGCCAGCCAGACACGCCCGUUGAGCUGCGAGCAUAGGAGAGUCCCAGUGAUGGCAAAGAGAAAAAAGCAACGAUGGCCAUCCAUGCAUCUAUCAUCUUCCGCUCAUCCAAACACAGACUUCCCUCUCCCCAGCCACUUUGUCCAACACUUCUGAAGAAAUCCCAAGGCCUUACCAGGCCAGCAGAGAGACAUCAUCUCUCCUGUGUAUUCCUUCAGGCCUCAAUUGGGUGGGAUGUGCCCAAAACACCUUACCAGGGAGGCGUCCAGGGGCCAACCAGACCAGAUGCAACCUCAUCUGGCUCCUCUCGAUGCUUUGAGCCUCUCUCGAAUACUGAGAUUCUCACCCUAGCUCUAAAGAAGAGCCUGAUGAUGACCAUAGAACCAGAACUGGAAUGAUGUAGAAAAGAAGUACAUACACCUACCUUGACUGCCUAGCCUACAGUGUUAAACAGAGAUUCUAUUGAAUGUAUAAAGAAAGGAUUAUCUUCAAGGGCACAUUCAACAAAUUCUGAAAUGACAGUGGCAAAGAGCCAGUUUUAUGGCUCUCAAUAACAAUUGGUACAGAAAGAACAGAAGCAAAUUACACCUUUAGUUAGCACUUGUCUUUGCUGAAGUGCACAAGAGAGUUCGACUGACCUAACUCCAGCUUCCACAGGGAGUCCUUGCAAGAGGUCUGAUCUGAAGUUUCUCCACCGAUGAGAAUGGCAGUGUCCGGGUCACUGAGGCACAUAGUGUGGCUCCAUCGCUUUGACGGACACACUGAAACUAAAGCAGAUCUUUGUCAAAUGCAGUUUAACCUCUUUUUUUUUUUUUUGGU